UCAAAUAAGGAGCUGUCAAAAGAUAAAAUUUGUUUGUUUUACGGGAAAAUAAAUACGUGCCGGCCGACGGCUAUUUAUAGAUAAUAUGAUAUAAAAUUACCUUUCUCUAUUAAAAUGGGGGAAAUAUCGAUGGAAAUUCAGUCAGUCGAUGCUGGCGAACCCUUAAGCCAUGAUGAAGCGGCCUCCGCUGUCGUAGAAAAUGCUGAAGCCUUAGUGACUGACGAACAGAAUUUUUACCAAUAUCCCAGUUUAUUUACGAGUAAAACUUUGAUAGAACUUUCCAAUUCGUCUUGGUCGCGUUCUGCCAAAGCUAAGAAUGAUGUGCAGCCUUAUUUGCGGGGUUGUAAGUGGUCUCCGGACGGUACGUGUUGCCUGACAGUGGUAAACAAUGACGGUGUGCAUGUGACGGAGUUAUCCCGGGAUCUGUACACAGGCAACGUCGCAGCAAACCGGAUCAUAGAUGUCAUGGACUCUGUAAUCCAUGUUAAAGAAGCUGGCUUGGUUUACGACUUCUGCUGGUUUCCUCUCAUGAACAGUCAAGUACCGGAAAGUUGUUGCUGGCUGACAACCAGACAGAAUGCACCCAUACAGAUGUGGGAUGCCUUUGAUGGUUCACUGCGAUGUUCCUACAGGGGGUUCAAUGCCGUCGACCAAAUGGAACCAGCCAUAUCUGUCACCUUCACUAAAGAUGGCAGCAAAAUUAUAGCAGGAUACAAAAAAUUCUUGCGGACUUUUGAUGUGGAUCGGCCCGGGCGAGACUUUGCAGAACAUAAAAUAGGAAGUCCUGCAGCAUGUUUUGACACUUGUGACAAUCUUCUAGCUGUUGGCUCCUGGAACACAAGUAUUAGUUUGUACAAUGUCAAUGAGAUGGGCACUUACAAGAGUAUUGGGAAAAUGCAUGGCCAUGGGGGUGGAGUAACACAAGUUAAAUUCGCGCCGGACGGUCUUCGCCUAGUUUCAGGCGCGCGAAAAGACCACAGACUUUUAGUAUGGGACAUCAGAUACUACCGCAGACCACUGAACAUAUUGACUCGAGUAGUGGAUACUAAUCAAAGGGUUUACUUCGAUAUCUCGCCUUGUGGGAAGUACUUGGUAACGGGUGGCACGGAUGGCGUACUUAAAGUAUGGGAUGAGGAUCAAGUGCAUUGGAAAUCCAGUUUAGAUACUACUGAUGAUCAAGUAGAUAAUGCUACCUAUAAGUUCCCUCUCCACCAAGAUUGUUGCAACAGCAUUUCAAUACAUCCGCUGCGACCUAUCUUAGCGACUGGUUCAGGACAGUAUCAUAUAGUUGACCCACUGCAUUCUCCUCAAAAGAAGUGUACUAGUGGGGUCAUGAAAGUCGAAAAUGGAGCAGCAAUGAAAAACACUGCAAGCAAUGACGAGUCUGAAAAAUUAAAUAUUGAUACAAAUAAUACUACAAAUGAAAUGGAAGUAGAUGAUAGUGACAAAGAUUCAGAAUCUAAUGUAGACAUGAAAUAUUCAGACGUCAGUGAGAAUAGUUUAGUAUUUUGGUGGAUUGGUGAAGUUUCAGAUUUGACGUAAGCCUUCUAAUGACCUUAAGAGGAAUAAAGAUAUGUUUUUCAUAUCAAUUGUAUCUAGUCUUUAAAUAAUUGUAAGUUUUUAACCUUCUGAUACAUAUUGUACCUACAUUUAAUUUU